AUGGACGUCAAAGAGCGUGUGGGACAGAAGGAACCGAUCAUGUCUGCCGAUCUAUCCAGUGAGCGUGUCAAUCCAGACGAGGAUGCGAUCCACCGACGUGAGCGUGGACGGCAAGCGCAAGCAGCCUUCAGAAAACGGCAGGCUCAAGCAAGCCAGAAACUGAAAGACCACAAUCGCGAUCUCAAGGACAAGAUUGAGAAAGUCGUCAAUGCCACGCACGGGGAUGAGCGUCCCGAGCUGCUUGAUGCCAUUGCCUCCCUCGCUCACAGUGUAGAUGUUGAUAUCACUAGGCUCACCCAUGGGGAGGGAAGAGGCUAUAAAAGCAGCCAAGUUAUUGUCAUUGAUCCUAUGACCAGAGAUUUCAUGUAUGAAUCCGGCGAUCCGGGGAGAUAUGACGUCCCGCCUUCAACCUUGCCGCAGAGGCGAGUUGAUUACGGCGUGUGGCUUGAUCCACUGCAUUACACCAAGGUCUCAUUGCCGCCCGAAGACAUCGUUCCGUAUCUUGGACCCGGAGCAAACACGUUUGCAGGCCGUCUUUUCUGGUUCGUCAUGGAACACGGCCACAGUAAAUGCGACUACCCACAUCCAGAUCAAUCCAUGAUGAGGAAGAGAGUCCUCGGGCACGCAAAGGCUAUGGACGGAAUACGGCCGCCUUUCAUCAAGGCCAUGGUGGAAGCGAGGAUACAGUAUAAGAAAACGGGCGAGGUAUGCCAUGAGAAUGCCGCUGCAGGGGAAUCUGACUUGGCGACAGCAGUUUGCGGUCAGGUUUUGGAGGAAUAUCAGGCGACAGGGAGGGACCCAACUCUUUGGCUGUCAUGCCUAUCAACGGAGACGCACAUACGAAGCAUGGUCGGGGACGGCAUUUUUGAUAGCUCUCGUGGUUUCUCGGGCUCUGGGAUGGGUCCAUUUCAUCACAAUCUGCUGGAAGGUAUCCAGUGUAGGCUCUAUGACACGUUUGUGUGCUUCGGAGAUGGGCCCAGGUGGACGACGGAAAUCGUCGACCAGGCGCUUCAAGAAUGGAUAAGUAGUGAAUCUGGUAGUGCUAACGCCUAUCCUAUCAGCGAUGCACUGGAUAUCUGCAACUCUUAG